AUGGCGCUCAGCCUCCGGGCCGCCGCGUCCCUCGCCUCUCCGCCGUCGGGCCCACGCCCCGGCCGACGCGCCGCCUCGGUGGUCCGCGCCACGGCGUCCCCCGCGGCGCUCGGCAACCGGAACCGGCGGCGAGAGCAGAACGUCUCCGGCGAGUUCUUCGUCGAUCACCGGUGCAUCGACUGCGCCACCUGCCGGUGGAUGGCGCCGGAGGUGUUCAAGAGGGUGGACGGCAUGUCCGCCGUGGCGGCGCAGCCCAGCUCUGAGGAGGAGAGGACCAAGGCACUGCAGGCUUUGCUCUCUUGCCCAACAGCCUCGAUCCACACCGACAAGCCCGCGAAGGACAUUCUCCAAGUGCAGAACACGUUCCCGCUCCCCAUCGACGACGAUCUUCCUGGUGUUUACCUUUGCGGUUACCAUUCCGAGUCCUCAUAUGGAGCAACAUCUUAUCUCAUAGUUCACCCAGAAGGAAACAUAAUGGUUGACAGUCCAAGGUAUACGCCGAAACUGGUGGACAAGAUUGAGAAGCUCGGUGGAGCGCGCUACAUGUUUUUGACCCACAUUGAUGAUGUAGCGGAUCAUCGGAAGUGGGCCGAGCGGUUGAAAUGCGAGAGAAUCAUCCAUUCAGGAGAUGUAGUGGACAUUACUGCUGAUGUCGAGUGGAAACUUACUGGAAGUGGUCCCUGGAACAUUGGAAAUGAUUUUGAACUUAUCCAUACCCCAGGCCAUACUGAAGGCUCGGUCUGCUUGUUGUACAAACCACUAAAGGCGCUGUUCACUGGCGACCAUGUCGCAAAAUCAGAAUAUUCAGACGAACUGAAUCUCUUUCGGAUGUACAGCAAGCAAUCAGUGAAUUUGCAACUGGAUAGUAUGAGAAAGUUACUGGACCUAGAUUUUGAGUGGUAUUUACCUGGGCAUGGCUAUCGAAUCCGAUAUGAAGAUGUACAGGCCAAAAAUGCAGCUAUUGAGUCUCUCCUAGCUAACUACAAAAACUAA